AAAAAAUAAAAUAUGGCUUUCAAUUUUGAUCAAUUUAACAACACAUCAUUUGUCAAACCAUCAUCGUCUGUUGGUACAUCAGACAGAUCUCAAAUUCCUCCAUCAGAUUACUCAAGGAUCAGUAAAAAUGAUGAAAGAAAUAUUUUUCAAAAAUCUAAAAUGAAUCUGUCAUUGCCGGCUACGAUAACUCACCUUUGUGUUGCCAACGACUGGCUCAUAAUUCUAAUGUCAAAUCAACUGUUGUUUCGUCUCAACUUAAAGCAUCCAGAUAAGCAGUCAGAAGUUUUUCUUGAGAAAUUCAUAACAGGACAGAAAGUUAGCAAAGUUUUUCUUGAUCCAACUGGAACUCAUUUUCUUAUUUCGCUUGUUCCAAAGUCAUCCGGAUAUAGUGCAGAACUGAUGUAUUUAAAUAAAAAUAGUAACAAGCCCAAGAUUAUCAACAAAUUCCACGAUCAUGAAGUGACUGCUGUUGGAUUUAACUUUCAAAACACAUCCGAAAAUAGUACAGGAAAUAUACUUCUUGGGACAUCGAGAGGACUAAUAUUUGAAGCUGACAUCGGAAGUGAUGGUGAAAAAGUCAUACAAAAUAAUUGGAAACAGGUUUUUGACAUUGGCCGUGGUGAGAAAGAACCAGUCACUGGUUUAGGAUAUUAUCGAGCUCCUGGAACUAACAACUACAUUGUGCUCAUUUCAACACUCGAACGUCUUUACAAGUUCCACGAAGUGCUUCAAAUAUUCGAUGAGAAAUAUCCAACACUUCAAAAUAUUUUCACGCAUUAUUUGAAUGUGCCUGAAGAGGCGAGAGAUUUUGAACAAAUGUCAAGCAAGCUGACAUAUUCUUCCUUGGAUUUCAUUUAUCAUCGGAAGUUUCCAAAAGCUUUUGGUUGGCUUACUGAAGGUGGAAUCUUUCUAGGGGAAGUCCAUCAAUUGUCGAAUAAUCCAAACUUUAUAACAAGUAGAAAAACAAUCGAUUUCCCUGAAAAUGACAACAGCAGCUACUCAGCAAGCUACAACAUGUCGAGACAUCAAAGUCAAGUUCCAAAUUCCUUCGUUCUUACAGAUUUUCAUGUUCUGCUGCAAUAUUCAGAUCAUGUCACUGGAAUUUCUUUGAUAAAUCAUUCGAUUGUUUAUGACGAAUACUUUGCUGAUCAAUAUGGACGACUCAUGUCGAUUGUGAAAGAUCCAGAAAAUGGAAACAUUUACACAUUCAGCAACAAGACAAUAUUUCGAUACAAAAUCAAUGAUGAACAACGCGACGUUUGGCGAAUGUAUUUGGAACAAAAUGAUUUUGAGAAAGCUAAAAAAUUCAGCUUUCACAAUCCUCAUCAUUAUGAUGUUGUUCUUUGUCGAAUAGCUGAAGAUAAUUUCGAAAAGAAACUUUUCAUGGAAAGUGCGAAAGUUUUCUCACAGACAAGGAAGAGUUUUGAAGAAGUGACAUUAAAAUUUCUUCAAAUUAAUGAAAGUCUUCCACUCAUUUACUAUCUUAAGAGUCGUUUAAAUGAUUGUAGCAUUGAAGAAGAUCAAAUGCAUAUCACAAUGAUUGUCGUUUGGAUCGUUGAACUUUACCUCACUGAAAUGAAUCGAUCGACUGGAACAAGUUCAUUGGAACGUCAAAAGGAAUUUGAUGAGUUUAUGAGUCAACCAAAAGUUGAAAUGUGUUUAAAGAAUAAUAGAAAAUUAUUAUACGACAUCAUAGCUUCACAUGGUGAUAAUUAUAAUCUAACAAGUUUAACGACAUUGAAUGAAGAUUACGAAGAAGUCAUGAAUCAUUAUCUUCAAGACAACGAAUUUCAAGAUGCUUUGGAUACUCUGAAAGUGCAAAGAAAGACCGAACUUUUCUACAAGUUCAUGCCGAUUAUCAUUGAAAAGUUGCCGAAAGAAAGUAUUCAACUUUUAAUUGAACGUGGAAAGAAUUUGAAUGUUUCAAGAUUAUUGCCGACUUUAUUGAAUGUUAAAAAUGAAAAGCAUGCAGUGGAAGUUGUGAAAUAUUUGGAAUUCUCAAUUCAUUCGCUUGGCGUUCAAGAUCAAUCUGUUCAUAAUUAUUUAAUUCAACUUUAUGCUAAGCAGAAAGAAGAAGACAAAUUGAUGAGCUACUUUGAGACGCAAGGAAAAGAAGUGUCGAUGCUUCACUAUGACGUUCAUUAUGCAUUAAGAUUAUGCAAAGAAUUUUCAAUGAAUGUUGCUUGCGUGUUUUUGUUGUGUCUUAUGGAACUUUGGCAGAAAGCAGUCGAACUUGCACUCACAUUUGAUUCAAAGCUUGCACAGCAAACUGCUUCACAACCAAUGGAUCGUGCGUUGAAAAGGAAACUUUGGUUGAUCAUUGCAGAACAUGAGAUAAGCGGAAAAGACAACAUUCAAGAAGCUCUUGAGUUACUGAAGAUCUGUGAUCUCUUAAAAAUUGAAGAUUUGCUUCCCUUCUUCUCGGAUUUCCAAGAAAUUGAUCAUUUUAAAGAUACAAUUUGUGAUUCGUUAAAGGAAUAUAACAACAAAAUCAAAGAUCAAAAGAAGGAAAUGAAUGAAAGUGCGGAAGCUGCACAAACAGUCCGAGAGUCAAUUCAAUCAUUCCGUAAUCGAUCAGUGACAAUUUGUGCUCAUGAUAAGUGCUCAAGGUGCAGCAAUUUCUUAUUGCUGAGACCUUUCUUCCUUUUCCCAUGUAGUCACAAAUUUCAUGCUGAUUGUCUUGAGAAAAAUCUGAUCGAACUUCUCACUCCCGAAGAAGGUCAAAAACUCAUCAAACAUAAGCAAAAACUCUCAAUCUUGAAUACACAAAUCGAGAUGGCGAAGAAUCAAAAUAAUUCUGUACCAACAUCAACUGUUGAAGCAAGAGAUCAACAGAAACAGUACGUCGAGGAUAUUCUCACUGCUGAAUGUACGUUGUGCGGAAGUCUCAUGAUUCAACAAUUGGAUCAACAAUUUAACGUCAUGAAUGAAACGUGGUAAUUGACUAUUCAUAUUCCAAAAGUUCCCACUUUAAUUAUUACUGCAUUAAUGGAGUCAUAAAGUUAAGAACAAAAAAUGUAUUAAAACAAUUUCUUUAUUUAAAAA